GGGCUUUCACUCCGGCUGGGAGGCGCCUGGCUGGGUCUGUGCACAGCAGCGUGGGGCAAAGUCCCCAGAUACAGAGCAGCUCUCUUCUCCCACGAGUCCAGGAAGCCUCUUCUGCUCCCGAGCGUGGAAUCUCCGGGGACUCGGGAUCCAGGGAUCUGCUCCCAACACUCCUGCAAGGUCAGCAGGUCUUCCUUAGCAGAGAGAGCCCAAAGGGCCGGCUGUGACCCCGCAGCGCUGCACCCCCUCUGGUGUGCCUGGGCUGAGCGGCCCCAUGGCCCCGUACUGCAUCCGGCAGUAUGAGGACGGUGACUACGAGGCCGUGCGCGCCGUGUUCGGCCAUGGGAUUAAGGAGCACGCUCCUGCUGGCUACAUCCACAUGCUGAAGCGUCCCCAGACCCAGCUGCUCUUCCUGGGCCUGUUCUUGGCGGUGCUCGCGGCCUCCGGGUCCCUCCUGGUCUCCCUCCUGGCUCUCCUGCUCGCUCUCACUGGGGCCUGGUUUUGCAUCCGGUCUCUCUGGACCGAUUACGUCCAGCAGUCUCUUCGCAACGACCUACUGGACAUCCGGAGAACCUACCUGGAGGCAGCAGACUCUUGUCUCUGGGUGGCAGAGGCUGAGGGGGCGGUGGUGGGCAUGGUGGGGGCCGUCCUACCCGAGGACCCCUCGGAAAGAGGGCACGCCCUGGAACUGAAGCGUAUGUCUGUGGGGAGGGAGCACCGGGGCCGGGGCAUCGCCAGGGCGCUCUGCAGGACGGUCAUCCGCUUUGCCCAGGAACGCGGGUACAGUGCGGUCGUGCUGUCCACCUCCAUGGUUCAGUACUCGGCCCAGCAGCUAUACGAGAGCAUGGGCUUCCGGAGGGUCUCACAGAGGUUCCCAUCGCGCCUCGCCAGCUUCCUGCAGUUCUCCGUCUUCUAUUACCGAUACGAGAUUCCAGGGUCUCGCUGA